AUGGCGGCGCGGCCCCACCCCCUCCUUCCCGUUCCGCGUUUGAAUAAACUUUAUUGGGAGGCCGGAGCUGAGCAGCGGCGGAGGCGGCACCGGGGCCUGGGGGGCCGCAGACCUCGGCGGGGGUGCUGGGGCCCUGUAGAGCCGGAGGGGUGGUCGUCCCGGGGCCCUAUAGAGCCGGAGGGGGGUCCCAGGCCCCUAUAGACCCUCGGGGGGCGUCCUGGGGCCCUAUAGAUCGGGGGGUGGGCUAUAGAUCCGGGAGGGAGCCCUAUAGGCCCUGGGAGGAACUAUAGACCCGGGGGGGGGACUGUAGACCCGGGGGGAGCCCUAUAGGGUCGGAUGGGCCCUACAGAGCUGUGUGGAGGGGUGCAGGGCCCCGCUGACCCCCGGAGACCCUACAGAGAGGUGUUAUAGGGAGGUUAAGGGGUUGGGUUGGUACAUCAUAGAAGGGGGGAGCCCCUAUAGAGGGCUGAAUUCGCUAUAGAAAGAAAGGGGAGGUUUCCCAAGGGAAAAAGGGAUAAGGGGAGACUGGGUCCCCGUGGAGAAGAGCCGAAAGUGUCCCAUUAAGUUUUGCAUAUGGAAAUGCUAUAGGAAAGGGGAAAGCAGAAAUUUAUAGAGGCCGGGAGGUUGGCUGUAGGAAGAGGAAGCCUCUCUCUAUAGGGGAAGCCCUGCUGGUGCCCCCCCCCCACGUGGGGGGGAGGCUGCCCCUAUAGGGCACCGUGGGGCUGAUGCCCUGGGGCAGAGGCGGGGGCGGAAGGCGCCUAUAGCGGGGGCGGGGGUGCCUAUAGCGGGCCUGGCCAUGGCCUCCGUGCCCGUGUACUGCCUGUGCCGGCUGCCCUACGACGUGACCCGCUUCAUGAUCGAGUGCGAUGUCUGCCAGGAUUGGUUCCAUGGCAGCUGCGUGGGGGUGGAGGAGGAUGCGGCGGCUGAGAUCGACCUCUACCACUGCCCCAAGUGCCAGGAGCUGCACGGCCCCUCCGUCAUGAAGCGGCGCCGUGGCCCUGCCAAGCAGCCGGACGCAGAGCCCAUCCGCGCCAUCCGCACCGGGAGCGCCCAGUUUGUGCGGGAGCUGCGGGGCCGGACCUUUCCCAGCGCCGACGAGGUGCUCCUGAAGCCCAGUGGGGCCCAGCUGACGGUGGAGUACCUGGAGGAGAACAGCUUCAGCGUCCCCAUCCUGGUGCUGCGCAAGGAGGGGCUGGGCAUGACCCUGCCGCCCCCCACCUUCACCGCCCGUGACAUCGAGCACUAUGUUGGCCCGGACAAGGAGAUCGACGUCAUUGACGUGGCGCGCCAGGCCGACUGCCGCAUGCGCCUGGGCGACUUCGUCACCUACUUUUGCGGCGCCCGCCGCGACCGCGUCCUCAACGUCAUCAGCCUCGAGUUCUCUGACACCCGGCUGUCCAACCUGGUGGAGACGCCGCGCAUCGUGCGCAAGCUCUCCUGGGUGGAGAACCUGUGGCCGGGCGAGUCAGUGUUCGAGCGGCCCAGCGUGCAGAAGUACUGCCUCAUGGGCACCCGGGACAGCUACACCGACUUCCACAUCGACUUUGGCGGUACCUCCGUGUGGUACCACGUGCUGCGGGGCGAGAAAGUUUUCUACCUGGCCCGGCCCACCCCGGCCAACCUGGCCCUCUUCGAGGCCUGGAGCAGCUCCAGCAACCAGGGCGAGAUGUUCUUCGGCGACCAGGUGGACCGUUGCUACCGCUGCCCCCUGCGCCAGGGCCAGACACUCUUCAUCCCCACCGGCUGGAUCCAUGCAGUGCUGACGCCCGUCGACUGCUUGGCUUUCGGGGGCAACUUCUUGCACAGCCUCAACAUCGACAUGCAGCUCAAGGCCUACGAGAUCGAGAAGCGUCUCAGCACUGCCGAUCUCUUCAAGUUCCCCAACUUUGAGACCAUUUGCUGGUACGUGGGCAAGCACCUGCUGGACACGUUUCGAGGGCUGCGCGAGAACCGCCGGCACCCUGUGGCCUACCUGGUGCACGGGGCCAAGGCGCUGACCACGGCCUUCCGUGCCUGGACCCGCAAGGAGGUGCUGGCUGAGCAUGAGCACGAGAUCCCGGAGACAGUGCGGCCUGGGCAGCUCAUCAAGGACUUGGCGAAGGAGAUCCGGCUGGUGGAGGACAUCUUCCAGCAGAGCGUGGGCAAGUCGGGGCCCCCCUUCGGGCUGCCCCGGGGCCCCCUUGAGCCCCCUGGCAGGAAGGGGGGCGCCCACAAGGCCCCCCCCGGGGCAGGGCCCUGCCGCCUGCAGCCCAAGGCGCUGGAGCUGGAGGGACGCCAGGGCCCUGCGCGUGGCCUGGGGCUGCUGGAGGAGGACGAGGAAGAGGAGGAAGAGGAGGAGGAGGAGGAGGAAGAGCCGGAGGCGUUGAGCUCCAGCCCGGAGGAGACGGAUGGUGACUCGGAGGCGGCCGAGGGGGAGCUGCCCCUCAUGGUGGCCAACGGCUGUGGUGCUCGGCCCCGGCGGAGCCGCCUCGGGGGGCGAUGGCGGCCCCAGGCCCUCCCGUCUCCCUCCUCCCCGCCAAGCCCCCCCGGCGCCCGUGGCGUCGACCUUGACUCUGAGGAGGACCUGCAGAUCGAUGAGACACCGCCACGCCGCGGCGCCCGCCGCCUGCCCCGGCUCCCCCGGAAGCUGCCCCGGGCCAAGCCGUGCUCAGACCCGAACCGGGUGAGGGAGCCGGGAGAGGUUGACUUCGACAUCGAGGAGGACUACACGACAGAGGAGGAGGAGGGGGGGGCCGGCAGCGCCGCCGGCAUCCUUGACCUGCUCAAGGCCAGCCGGCAAGUGGGGGGAUCCGAAUACCCCCAGCUCAGCGAGGCGCCGGCCUCCCCCAGCACACGGGAGGCCAUCCAGGGCAUGCUGCGCAUGGCCAACCUGCCAGCGGGGGCCCCCCCGGCGGCCGGGGCCCCGGGCUGGUGGGCGGCAGGGCAGGCAGCCGAGCGGGGCGGCCCCGGCGCCUCGGGGGCCCCCCGCCGCCUGCCCCCGGCUCCCCGCAGCACCGACAGCGAGGACGAGGCCAGCCCCGAUGAGCACGACAGCCUGGGUGCCUGCUUCAAGGACGCCGAGUACAUUUACCCCUCGCUGGAGUCAGAUGAGGACGACCCAGCUCUGAAGUCGCUGCCAAAGAAGAAGAAGGUCACAGACGAUGCGCCCUGGAGCCCAAAAGCCCGCGUGACCCCCACGCUGCCCCGGCAGAGCCGCCCUGUGCGGGAGGGCACCCGCGUGGCCUCGGUGGAGACGGGACUGGCGGCUGCCGCCGCCAAGCUGGCCCAGCAGGAACACCGCAAGCUGCAGCGGCGGAAGGGCCCGGCCAAGCGCCGCCCGCCCUCACCCGAGCCCUCGCCCGAGCCCUCGCCGGAGGCCGAGGCAGAGACCGAGGUGCUGGCGUCGUCGUCACCGGAGGUGGCAGAGCCAGAGGCUGGUGGCGGGGGAGGGGAGGGGGAGGGGGAGGGGCGCACGGAGCCACCCCCCUACCCGCCCAGCCUGGCCGACCACGAGUACACGGCGCGUCCGGGCCCCCCGGGCCGGGCGCCCGCUCCCAUGGCGCCCGGCGUCUUCCUCUCGGGGCCGCGCCGGGGCGCGCCGCUGCCGGCGCCGGGGGAGUGGGGGACGCGGGCAGGGGGCCGGGGUGGCCCCGAGGCACCGCGCGGCCCCCCGGGGGUGGCGGUGGCGGGGCCAGGCCGGCGCCCGCGCAAGGGCCUGGCCACGGCCAAGCAGCGUCUGGGCCGCAUCCUCAAGAUCCACCGCAACGGGAAGCUGCUGCUCUGAGAGGGGGGGCGGAGCCUCGUGGAGGGGGACGGGGCUCCUGCCGGGCCUUGCCCACCCCCCCCCCCCCACCCUCGGGACCCGCUGCAAGGAGAAGCUUUGAGGGGGGGCCCUCUGGCCAGGCCCACCGUGCUGCGAGGUCACACCCACCCCACGGCGAGGCCGUGCCAACCCACCAGCCGCUGCCUGAGGAGUUGCUGCAAGGGGAAGCGCUGAGAAGGGGUGGGGCCUCUGCCUGGCCACGCCUACCAGCGGUGAGGCCACGCCCACGUGACCGCCCCCCUCUUGGCAUCGGAUGCUGCCCAGUGACAAGGCGGGACUGCUUUUGAUUGGACGCUGCCAGAGCAAAGGGCGGGGCUUCUCCUACUGCACCUCUCCCCGCGGGAUUGGUUGAGGAAAGGGCGGAGCUUCCUCUGAUUGGUCGUCGCUGGAUUUUUUUUUUUAAACCUUCACCCCUACCCCUCGUCUUCAGGUUGAUGGGGGGCGGGGCGAGGCCGCUCCCCAUUGGUUGUCGCCCCGCCGCGGGCUGAGCUCCGCCCCGUUUUGUAGGAGCCGGGCGAGGCCACGCCCCCCACUUUUAUAUCGUUAGAAUAAAAAAAAACGGAGAAAAUC